AUGCAGAGGGUGGUGUCAUACAGAGGGUGUCAUACAGAGGGUGUCAUACAGAGGGUGUCAUGCAGAGGGAGUCAUGCAGAGGGUGUCAUGCAGAGGGAGUCAUGCAGAGGGUGUCAUGCAGAGGGUGUCAUACAGAGGGUGUCAUACAGAGGGUGUCAUGCAGAGGGAUUCAUGCAGAGGGUGUCAUGCAGAGGGUGUCAUACAGAGGGUGUCAUACAGAGGGUGUCGUACAGAGGGUGUCAUACAGAGGGUGUCAUGCAGAGGGUGUCAUGCAGAGGGUGUCAUACAGAGGGUGUCAUGCAGAGGGUGUCAUGCAGAGGGUGUCAUGCAGAGGGUGUCGUACAGAGGGUGUCAUACAGAGGGUGUCAUACAGAGGGAGUCAUACAGAGGGUGUCAUGCAGAGGGAGUCAUGCAGAGGGUGUCAUGCAGAGGGUGUCAUACAGAGGGUGUCAUACAGAGGGUGUCAUGCAGAGGGAUUCAUGCAGAGGGUGUCAUGCAGAGGGUGUCAUACAGAGGGUGUCAUACAGAGGGUGUCGUACAGAGGGUGUCAUACAGAGGGUGUCAUGCAGAGGGUGUCAUGCAGAGGGUGUCAUGCAGAGGGUGUCAUACAGAGGGUGUCAUGCAGAGGGUGUCAUGAGGGUGUCAUACAGAGGGUGUCAUACAGAGGGUGUCAUGCAGAGGGUGUCAUGCAGAGGGUGUCAUGAGGGUGUCAUACAGAGGGUGUCAUGCAGAGGGUGUCAUGCAGAGGGUGUCAUGAGGGUGUCAUACAGAGGGUGUCAUGCAGAGGGUGUCAUGCAGAGGGUGUCAUACAGAGGGUGUCAUGCAGAGGGUGUCAUACAGAGGGUGUCAUACAGAGGGUGUCAUGCAGAGGGUGUCAUGCAGAGGGUGUCAUGCAGAGGGUGUCAUGCAGAGGGUGUCAUACAGAGGGUGUCAUACAGAGGGUGUCAUGCAGAGGGUGUCAUACAGAGGGUGUCAUACAGAGGGUGUCAUGAGGGUGUCAUACAGAGGGUGUCAUACAGAGGGUGUCAUGCAGAGGGUGUCAUGAGGGUGUCAUACAGAGGGAGUCAUGCAGAGGGUGUCAUACAGAGGGUGUCAUGCAGAGGGUGUCAUACAGAGGAUGUCAUGCAGAGGGUGUCAUACAGAGGGUGUCAUGCAGAGGGUGUCAUGAGGGUGUCAUACAGAGGGUGUCAUGCAGAGGGUGUCAUACAGAGGGUGUCAUGCAGAGGGAGUCAUGCAGAGGGUGUCAUGCAGAGGGUGUCAUGCAGAAGGAGUCAUGCAGAGGGUGUCAUGCAGAGGGUGUCAUACAGAGGGUGUCAUGCAGAGGGUGUCAUGCAGAGGGUGUCAUGCAGAAGGAGUCAUGCAGAGGGUGUCAUGCAGAGGGUGUCAUACAGAGGGUGUCAUGCAGAGGGAGUCAUGCAGAGGGUGUCAUGCAGAGGGUGUCAUGCAGAGGGUGUCAUGCAGAGGGUGUCAUGCAGAGGGAGUCAUGCAGAGGGUGUCAUGCAGAGGGUGUCAUACAGAGGGAGUCAUGCAGAGGGUGUCAUGCAGAGGGUGUCAUACAAAGGGUGUCAUGCAGAGGGUGUCAUGAGGGUGUCAUACAUAGGGUGUCAUGAAGAGGGUGUCAUGCAGAGGGUGUCAUACAGAGGGUGUCAUACAAAGGGUGUCAUACAGAGGGUGUCAUACAGAGGGUGUCAUGCAGAGGGUGUCAUACAGAGGGUGUCAUACAAAGGGUGUCAUGCAGAGGGUGUCAUGCAGAGGGUGACAUGCAGAGGGUGUCAUACAAAGGGUGUCAUGCAGAGGGUGUCAUGA